GAUUCCUUUUGUCCUCACCUGAAGUUGUUAGCUGAUCAUUCCCAGAACUCAGCUUCUCAAACACAUUUGUGCUAAACUUUCUAUUUUGUCGAUUUUAAAUAUAUUUUUUAAUUUUUACUCCUACAUAUCAUGUAAGCCAUCAUAAGCCAUAUAAUCCCCUCUUUGCAGAAGUUAACACUGUAACGAAGAAGAGAAGAAACAUUUUAAAGAGGGGUCCUGAAACUUAUGACCACAAAGUUUACUAAAGAUGUCUUUGUUGGCACAGUUUAUCAAAACCUAUACAAUCUUUUUUCUGGUUUCAUGUCUGACAAUCUUCACCAAUGAAGUUCAUGCGCAAGCAGCUCGUGAUUUCUUUUGGAUGGAUGAUAUAACUACAGUAAGGCCAUUGGAGACCAGCACAGGUGCCUUUCAAGAACAAGAACAAGAUCGCCUUGGCCCUAAAAAAACUUUCAAAACACCAGAUGCCUUUCAAGAACAAGAUCGCCUUGGCCCUAAAAAAACUUUCAAAACACCAGAUGAUUUUGAAGGAAUAAAAGAGACAACUACCACUGAAACAUACACUCCAACAGAUGAAGGAAAAAAAGAGACAACUACCAUUAAAGCAUACACGUCAAGAGCAAGUGGCUGCAGUUUUCCACCUCGACUGGAUUAUGCACAACCUAGAGAUUCAUACCUUUCUCAGACUACAUUCUCUAAGGGAUCAAAUGUGAAUUACAAUUGCCGACCCGGAUAUGUACGUGUUCCUGGAGUUAGAAUUUAUGCAACAUGUUUGGAAGAUGGCACAUGGUCAAAUCCUGGGAUUUUUUGUAAACGUAGAUCAUGUGGUAAUCCAGGGGAAGCGGAAAAUGCAGAGAUGACAGCUGAUGAUGACUUUUCUUUUGGCUCUAAAGUUACAUAUGUUUGCAACCCGGGAUACAGGAUGACGACAAGAAGGAAAUAUAGAGAAUGUCUAGCAGAUGGAACUUGGAGUAAUGCGCUUCCUGAAUGCGCAGCUCAGCUAUGCCCACCACCACCAGAUAUUAUCAAUGGUGUAGUUUAUCCUUUAAAGGAUGAAUAUUCCUACCUGGACUCUGUGACGUACUCCUGCAAUAGAAAUUUGGCACUUAUAGGUGAAAGCUCUGUCUCAUGUAAGGAGGAUGGGGAAUGGAGUUCAAAUGCCCCUGAUUGCAAAGUGGUUAAUUGUUUAAAUCCACAUGUACCCAAUGCGAUAAAGAUAUCUGGAACUUCAGGCCCAUAUAAUUUGAAUUCCGUUGUGAGAUUCGUGUGCCCAACAAGCACUCAUGUGUUGAAUGGAUCUGACACUAUUAAAUGUAAUCAGAAUAGUGAAUGGGAACCUACUCCUCCAAGAUGCCUUGGUGUUUGCAGGUAUGUUCCUGAGAUCUAUUUUGCUGAACCGGUAGAACCUACAAGAGAGAAUUUUUUUGUGCAAGGCACAACACUCCAGUUCAAGUGCAAGGAAGGUUAUAAACCUGUACCAGAUGUAAAUAAUGUUCUAACUUGCUCCGGGAGAACAUGGACUUCACAUAAAACAUUUUGUAUACCAAUAUACUGUGGGAACCCUGGCCCUAUCAGUAAUGGACACAUACAGACUGGAACAUUUUUCUUUGGCUCUGGUGUAACCUAUGAAUGUAGAAUUGGGUACACAAUCAUUGGCGACGGUUAUAGAAGAUGUCAAGCAGAUGGAACUUGGAGUUUGCCUAUUCCUGAAUGUGAAGUUAAGAUCUGCCCAUAUCCUAACAUUACACCGAAGACUUCCUUUAUCCCUGUGAAAAUCCAAUACCAGUAUGGUGACAAACUGACAUACAACUGUAGUGAAGGAUAUCAGCUCACUGGAGAAUCUGAGAGUGUCUGCAAUCAUGAAGGGAGAUGGAGUCCAAAGCUACCUUCUUGCAGAGGAAUUUGUAAUGCACCUAAACAACUUGAGUACGCACAGCUGAAUGAAAUUUUUUUGGAUGGAAAAACCUUCUUUCAGAAUGAUAAAGUUCUAUACACUUGCAGGAAAGGCUAUUCUCGUAAUUACGAAUAUAAUAAUACUUUAAUUUGCUUGGGAAACUUUAAAUGGUCACACCCUGAGCCAUUCUGUUCACGAAUAUCUUGUGGACCACCUGAAACAAUAACAAAUGCAGUAUAUGAAGCAAAAAACUUUUUGUUUGGCUCUGAAGCAGUCUAUAAAUGUGAAAAAGGGUACAAUAUGGUGUUGGGGAACAAUACCAGAAAAUGCUUGGAUACCAAAAAGUGGAGUGAUCCCAUCCCAAAAUGUGAAGUACAGACCUGCCCACCACCUGAGGAUCUUGUAAAUGGAUCAUACAGCGUUCAAAAGAAAAUAUAUACUUACCUGGAUUCAGUGACUUACAAGUGUGAUCAUUUAAAUCUUGUUGGUGAAGCUUUAGUAUCUUGCACAGCUGAAGGAACCUGGACAUCUGGAGCACCAGAAUGUAAAGCCGUCUGCAAUUCCCCCUCUGAACUUGGAUAUGGAGAGCUGGUAGAAACAUUUUCUCAAAAACAUUAUUUUAAUGUUGGUACAUCCCUGAAAUACAAGUGCCGACCAGGCUACAUCUCCACUGACAAAGCAAGCAAUGAAAUUACUUGUGGUCCUGACCUUAAAUGGUCAGAACCUGAAGUAUUUUGUGAACGCCUGUCAUGUGACAACCCAGGGGACAUUGCUAAUGGACAAAUGCAAUUUAAAGACUUUUUGUUUGAAUCAAGAGUAACUUAUACCUGUAAACCAGGAUAUACUAUGAUUUCAAAAAGGAACUACAGAAGCUGUCAAGCAGAUGAAACUUGGAGUGGUACACCCCCAGUGUGUAAAGCAUCCAUAUGUGAUAACAUUUGGGAACUGCAAGAAGAAGCUAGAAAGUGUACAUCAACCCCAGAUGAGUGGAUUAAAUAUCUGCAGGUGCAGUACCUCUACCUUCAGAUAGAGAACUUAAAGCUGGAUAUUGACAUUAAAAAGAAGAAACUGAGUGCUGAGAAAAAGCAAGAAAAUUGGGCAAGAAAAUGAUGAAAACUAAAGUGCAACACAUACAAUUUCCCAUUUAUACAUACUUGUGAUCAACAAAGACAAAGAAAAAGGCAAAUGGGUCUAUCUAUAAAAACACAAAUUCAUAAUCUUUUUUGUGGAAAAUAUCAAUUUUCAUUGGUUUGCAUACUUGUAUAGCUGUUCUGGGAAAAUGUCUACACUCACAAUUACCAUAUUUCAAUAAAAAUGGGGGGGGGGGGGGGAUAAGCAGCAUCUAUUUUGUAGGCAGAUUUUGCUUUGUUUGCCAACUAAUAUUUUGGCAAUAAUUCACACCACCCUAAAUCUGGGGUACUCUAUUCAUUUAAAUAGAGGCAAGAUGGUGAAUUAACUUCUUGCAGUUUGUUUUCUAGUCUGUCUUUCAGAAUUGUUCCAGGAAACCAGGCAAUAUAGUAAAAUAGACAACAAUGACUAAGUGUAGAAGCCAAAAAUAUACAAUUUUGCAGAUUUUAGAAAUAGACCAUAUCUGUUACAUUCUGGCAAAAUGUGUAUUUUUCUUGCAAAAUAUGUAACUGUUUUUCUAUUGCAUAUUAUAUAAACUGCAUUUUCAUUCAUGCUUUUAUUUUAAGGAACUUUGAUGGAACUAACAAAUUUGCUAUUUGAUCACAUAUGCAGUUUAUGGCAAUUUUAUUAAAUAAACGCUUUUGCUGAUGCAAA